AUGGCCGCUAUAAGACAAUGUGUCGCUUGUAACAGACAGGUAAGAUUCUCUUCAAGGAUUCAGAGAAAUGAAUUAUAAUGAUGUUAGUCUCGUAUUAGAAGAGAUCACCGAGUGAGUCUCGACCAUGUCGCAACGAAAGAGCGAUCAUUUUAGUCUGGUUCAUAAUUUGAAAGGUCAAGAGUACAACAGACGUGGAUAGAGCUGGUUUUCCGCUCACAAUACUCUAAUGUUCUGUUUUAUUCUGGUUAGGUUGCCUCGAGAAGUGAACAGAGAAUGAUUAGAAACUAACAUCAUAAACAAACUUUGCGAGUAUGUUCUCCAGCGAGAAUACACAUUUAGGUCGUAGCAGACGUCUGCAUGACAAGCUUGCACUGAAUUAUCAUUCAUGCUAACUAGGGUUCAGCUGUACUGAGUGAGGGAGUUCAUUCCCUUCGCGACAGUAGAAAAUUCUUCACCAUAUGGCUAAAAGCUGUUUAAAUUAAAACGCUUGUAGUUCAGGGAAAUUUAAAAAAUAGUGUAAGGAUAAUUUUGGAGGAAGACAAAAUUUCAGUUUAACAGAGCGUGAACUGCAAUAUACACGCUUGGCAUGUGCGAAUUCAGUGGCAUUUUAUAGCGAACGUCACUUCCUUAUAAAACACCCCUUAUUUUAAAACUAAGAAGGAAUUUUAAAUUGUCUGCUCAUUGCCGUCUGAAUUACAGAGAGAAGAUGAAAUAACCAAACCAUUGGCUAAGGAACUACUUCAGAAUAAAUUGGUUGAAGUAUGAAUAUUUUUGCCGAAUGCGAUAACGCAGGACUCAUUUUCACUUUAAACAUGUAAUCUAAAAUCUCUUUUUUAUUGGAGAUGGUUUCAAUGUACGUUAGAGUGGUCCAACAGUCUGCAGAUAAAAGCAAGCGAUUUUCUUCUCAAAAUUUGAGAAGCUUUCAGGCUUUCAGCAAACGAACUAGUCGUCCAUUCUUGUCUCUCAGCUUCCUUUCCUUCCGAGUUAUGUGAAUAUUCCGUGAAAGGAGAAACUACACUGAAACACAAGAUAUCUUUUUUAUGACUUUCAAUAAAAAGAAGAAAAAAACCUUAAAUCGUUUUUGCGAGUCGUAAACGUACAUCUUUCGUUUUUCAGCUAGCUCCUGACCAUUUUUAGUCGGCGUUAUUCAUCACAUGCAAUUUAUUUCUUCUAAGCACUUCUCAUAACUGGAAGUAGUUUCAGUUACACCUUUACAACGGAAAGAUAGUCCAGAUAAGCAAAACCAACGGUUCCGUUCAAAGUUGAUGCAUAUGUGAAGGCAGAACGUCGUGCCAGUUGGUUUGAAACUGCUUCAAGUAGUCACGAUCCCGGAAGUUGAUUAAGUCGUAGUUCCUGUGACAGAAGAAAACCUAGCCAGUAUGCGACAGCCGUGAAGAAGCAAAUUCUAUUAUCAUCGUUAUUAUUAUUUUUAGAGAAAUUUACAUCUCUCUAUCUUUAUUUUUGGUCAUUGCCAUUUCCUGUGCAAUAAGCAGAUCGCCGGCUUUUUGUUGCAGUUUUGCGUUUAUUACAAAAAUACCGUAAAAUUCCGAAAAUAAGCUUCGGGGCUUAUAUUUUUCAAAGGCCCUUUUUGAGGGGCUUAUUUUUGGAGGGGCUUAUCUACGGAGGGAAAUUUGCGUUUCAAAAUCGAUUGGGCUAGCCUUAUAGUUGGAAGUAAAUUUACCGUUUUUGCUUUGUUUUACUUUGUAUUUGAGGGCAAUUUUCCAAGUACAAGUCCCCGGGGGCUUAUAUUUGGAGGGGCGAUUUAACGGAGGGUUUUUUGCGUUACCGGUUUGGGGGGGCUUAUAUUUGGAGGGGCUUAUACAUGGAGGGGCUUAUUUUCGGAAUUUUACGGUAUUUUCCAUGUCAUGUACAUCCAGAAUGUCUAUUUCACUCUUUCCAGUUUGCGCAGAUCGUAAAAAAAAAAAAAAAAAAAAAAAUCAGCAGAGCUCGGAAAAAGUACACAAAAAUGACAAUUUCUAACCAUCAAGUCGUUCUCGUUUAUUCGCCAACUUCAUUAAAUAGAUAGACGAGUUAUCAUUCCCUAGUCAAAAAGUUUUACUAACGUAGCGGUUGUUGAAUAGAUGCUCGAAUUACGUGGUCAUCCGAUUUUUUUUCUAACAGUAUGAUAUUCUAUUAAUAAGAAAUAAAGCGUGACGUUCGCCAUACAUGUAGCAAGCUCCCUUGCUCAUCUGUAUCGUUCAUGCUAAAAUUCGCUUUUUGUUUGGGACCUUUCACCCUCCUUUUAGAAAAUCGUGAAUCAACAAUUGCGAUAGUGUCUGGCUAUCGCGAUUGUUGUAUCGCAGUUUCCUUGUUGCGAUUGCGAAUGUUGCAUCAGAUCUUUUCCCGAUUCCCGUUUCGAAAUCGCGAUUGUGUAUAGCGAUUUCCAAAGAGUCCAAAACUUUUUCUAUCGCGAUGUACCCGGCUCGGUCAAGAUCGCAAUUACUGUAUCCCUUGGCGUUAACUACUUUUCGACGUCCCCAGUGUUGUGUCCCGAUUUACUGCCCAGCCUCGAUUGCAAUUAUGGCAUAUCGAUAGUUGCCUCGCGACUUCCUUUGUGAUUUCCCUAUUGCGUUAGCGAUUAUUGUAAAAUGGUUUCCCCUUCUGGCCUUUGGCAAACGUGAUUUGUUGCCGUACAAUUGCUCUAUCGCGAUCAGAAAUGUAUUGCGAUUGUUGUAUCAUUCCCGGUAUAUCGCGAUCGUGCUGUAUUGCGAUGGUGAUUGUUGUAUCGUGAUAAAACAAUCGUGAUUGCUGCCGGUUGCUGCAACACGUCUUCCAUGCCGUGAUCGACAUUUUUAUAUGGCAAUCAAGCAAAAGUAAGAGAGAAAGUGAAGUACCCUUGAACUUUUUUAUGCUUUAACAGAUAUCAGAAACGUGGAAUUCUUGUCAAUGCGGUCGAGUCUUAACAGAGACACGAACAAUCGCUGGGAAAAGAUUUUCAGGUGAGGUCGGGAAAAAUGCAACUAUUUGACUACUAUAUAUUAGUUUGUGAGUACUUUGAAUGUAGGGGAAAACACAACACAGAAUCAAACUCAGUCAGGGGGACGUACUUCUUGCUGCGCGAUCCCUUUUUGUCGUUUCUACAACUACAUGUAGUGUAUGCGCGCCUCGAAGGGGAGGUGAAUAGUGGUGGACUAUACCGGGACGUGAAGUAUCAAGUUAUUCUACGAGUUAUUCUAUCUAGCGCUGCGCACCGAGCCAUUUAGUAUUUACCAAAUCAUUUGAAUGAAAAAGAAAACUUUAUUUUUGUAAUUCAAAGGCAUCACUAAGGAGGAGCUUUUAAAUUUACAGUGUUUUGGGAUUUGUCGAGCGCAUUUUGUUGAUUUUGUAGCAAAUUUGGUAGGAGAAUAAUUUUCUACCCACCAGGAAACACAGUAAAAUGUCGCCUUCCGAAGCUGUCGUGAAACGUCCCGUAAACAGUGAAUUCGAAUAGCCAAACUGGAUUUAAGAGCGCCAAUCAAAACGCGCGAAAAUUGCUGUCCUCUAAUUUGGUAGGAACUAAACCAUUUUGAUCGAAAGGCUGGCACCACCAAUAGUUUAUUCAUGAAACUGUGUUUACUUUGCUUUUCCUCGAAUCUUCCGUAAGCGACCACGAUUGGUGGUCGCCUUAAGUCGCUAAGGAGAGAUUGCCUCUUUAGUGUCGUUUUGACUCAGAUGGCUCAGGAUAUUUUAGUUUUAUGAGAAAUGUGUCUCAAGCAAACGGUGAUUUCAUUUGCCAGAGAUGAUAAUUGAUCAUCGUCUGGUACGCUGUCGUUAAAAUGUGGGGCGUGGUGGCUUGAACUCUUCCGAUUUCUCCGAUUAGUGUCACAGACCAUCUAAUACGAUCCAACUGCCAAAGAUUUCGUUGCUUCAGUAGUGAUAGCAAAAUACAGGGUGGUCAAGAAAUUCUGAAGUCCCGAUCGUCGGGGGAUGUUACCAAAACAUGCAACAGGGUCACAAGAUUUCAGUUUUACAGGAAUUCUAGGCCCUCCGCUUCCCUCUCCUGGGGCAUGAGACGAAAAAAUACCUGGGAACCAGGUUGCCAUUCUGCGUUGCUCAAGCAAUGUUUUUAAAUGGCUCCACUUUGCUUUUCUUUUCAGAUUACAGAGCCGAGUUGUACACGCGUUUAGUGAUUGAGGAAAGCAAGAAACAAGCGCAGAAAAAACGCACAAAGGGCAGCAGAGCUGCACCCCAAGGACAGCAGAGAGAGGUCGGUAGCUCAUGAUCAUUUUUUAGUCCUCGAAUGUACAUGGAGAGUGGGGGUACCAAAAGUUUUUUAAGGUUUUAGCCUCAACCUCUUUUCUUCGGCAGAUGUUCAUUUAUUUCUCAGACACCUUUAAACAGACUUUGAUUAGAGUCAGUUGUUAUAGUUACCAGAUUUGACGUCAUAAUAAGGUGAAGCCAUUUUUACCCAAAAUGCAAGUUUUAAGCACUUUGCCAAUAAUUAUGCUAGUUUUUGUAAAUUAUGCUCUUUUUAGCAAAAACUGCAGAAAUUAUGCUUUUACUAUUUAGUUUAAGUUUGUUCAACACACCUCAAUAAUUACUAUGCGACAAACAAGUAAAUGGCAAAUACAUUUACCGUAUUUACAUCUUGAAAAUUUAAGAGUGCAUUAAAUACAUUGUCUUACAAGUACAAAAACUCAAACAACUAACAACUAGCACGCGGGUGCAAUCUUGGGAAUUAUGCCAAAAAUUAUGCUAGCAAUCUAUCAAAGCCUACAUAUUGGGGUAUGAAUUUGUUUGUACAUCCGAGAUUAAAGGAAGAAUCGCAAAGCCUCGGUUCCAGGUGGGACUAUCGUAAAGUUUAUUUAGGCACUUUGUAUUCCAGACGAAGAGAAAACAAGUGUUGUGAGCGACGCUGAUACCCAAACAGGUUUCUUAUGCUUAUAGGCAUGGAUGAUUAAAUUGGUUUUAUUUUUGUUUUAUCGAUUUUAUUUUAUUUCUGUUGGGAGGGUACCUCUAAACAGUGGCUACCAAAUUAUGUUCCGACAGUGUCCUCCACUGUAUAGACUUAUUUCUACUCGGCUAUCCCUCUUCAUUUCUCCGACUUUGAGACUGGCUUACCAGAGUUUGGUCUACUUGUAGGAAUUGUUUCAGUUUAACAAUGACUUGACUGUUGCCUAGUAUUUUGAACACGGUUUGGAAGAAUUAAGUUUUCCUACCUCUUAACCGGCUGAAAAGCUUUACAACGAUUUCGAGUCGAUAUAUUGCAAAUUUCCAGAAACUUUAUCCAAAAAAUUGAUUUUAAAGAAUGAGAAAACACCAAAGAGACUGUAAAAACCAUAGGAUUAAAGGUCUUCCCCUUCCUUUUAAGGAUUAACAAAAAUGGUCGAAAUAACUUGUAAAAUGCGGCGACAGAAGCAAUGACGCUCGUCAUAUAGCUGGAAAUUUUUCCCAACAGCGAGCACUCUCCUUGGUUACUUCGAGGUCACAUGACACUGAUUCCCGCCAAAAUCUCUGAGUGGGCAACAUUGCAAAAUCUAUGACGUCAGGGGGAAAACAGUGCAUUGUUACCCGCGAAUGUUGACCGACGACUGCCGUUACAGCGAGGUUUAAUGAAUUUCCAGCUUUAAAAUUUCCAGCUAUAUAACAAAUUUCUUAAUGACUGGUCGUGUGAGAAACAGUUAAUUUUGUUUACAAGAUUAAGUGUUUUCCUCGCAACCAGUCAUUAAAUGUUUAUUAUUUCAUGUUUAUUUCCACACUAGAAAGGUAAAAUUUACCAACAGCUCUACCGGCCUUGUGAUAUUCAUUAGGUUGUUAUCUUUACGAAUACAACUUUAGAGAACGAGAUUACCCAACUUGCUUCGUGGAAGAAAAAGAAGAAAACGAACAAGACCAUCGUUACUCGUACGAGAACAGACGGCCACAGCGGUACAAAACCAACGGGAAUAUAAGCAAACCCACGAGACUGCGGUGGCUGAGAAUGUUUCCCCCGUGAAAAAUCAAAACAAGCAAGCAAUUCAUUCACAUCAGCUCUGGCUGAGAUCAACAAGAGACUUCAAAACCAGAGUAAGCUGUGGGCUUGCCUUGCCAGCGGAUUACCGCUCACGAGUGCAAACA